AUGGGAGAUCAGAGAAAAUCCCUCGAUGCCAGAGCUGGCACACUGAAGUCUGUGCUGAGAGCGGCUUACUUACUCAGAUGCCAUUCCGUGCUGCUUGAAUGUGUAGUAGGAGCUCGUCAGGACAAGAAGGUCCUCAAGCAGCUUAGACAGUGGUGCCAAGUGACCCGUUUCAAUGCCAGAGAGAUCACCUUGGACCUCAACCAGAUCUGGUGUACCAACCGAAAACGCUGGUGGUGCUUGCUGACUUUUCCUGGGUCUGCUCCACCAACGCUUGAGCCUUUUCCAGUUUUUCCGGACCUCAUUCGUGUAGGGGACAUCCUGCCUUGUUUUCCGGUGUGGCCAGAGGACCAACAACACCAAUUGGAAGUUGGUUUGUAUGAGUAUCGGAAGUUCGAAGAAUGUGGGGGCAUUAACCAAAACCUCAUUAACUUGGAGGGUCAAUUGAAAACUUCUCUUCAUGGAUGGGGAAACCAACUUGACCCAUGCCCAUGUGGUUGCCGUCAAUUUGCCAUGAGUUUGACACGUCUCCAGAAACGAGGAAUGCAUGGAGCCUUGAUCCCACUCGGAGGGGUCCUUACUUCAGGUGAUUUGCAGGUGCCCAGGAUGCGUCACAUUCACCCUUGGGAACUCAGCCUUUUGCAGGGUCUUGCACCAAACAGGCCGUGGAUGCCACACCUCAAGUUAGCGUUGUCAGGUCUAGGACAGAUGGCUUCACCAUUUCAAUCUGGAUGGAUUGUUGCUCAACUUCAUUUUGCCAAUUCCGACCGGUCAUGUGGUUUGGAGAUCAUGACACCAGAACGGAUCCUAUGGCAGAUGAUGGAGUCGGUUUUUCAUGAUCGUGAAGCAAUGUUUCCAGGGAUUAGCCAAACUCCACGAGUGCAAAAAACAACUGACAUGAUCCAAAAGGUUUUGAUGGCAGCAUCCGACACCCGCAUCGUGCCCAGGCAACUUCCUGACGCCGAGAGCAUUGCCAGCACUCUCCAGGACUCAUUUGACCAUCUGGACAACAUUGAAACACCCAGGGACUCCAAAAUUGAACCCAAACAAGAUGGUAUCAAAGAUGGAUUGAAACCACAAUCUUUGUCGGCGGUUUUGACUCAGUUUUGUGCCCACAAAUCCCCCUGCAAAGAGGCUUUUCCUGUACCGGAGAUCCCACCACUUCGGGAGGAUCCUGCUUCUGAAGAGGAUUGGAAACAAUUUGAGUUGACUGAGCCCAAAGAAACAGUUUUGUCACCAAAAGCGAUUUCUAGCUGGCAAUCAACAGGAGGUAUUCCAGGUUUCCAGGUUGGGUCUCCCAAAACCCCCAAACCGUCUGUUUCUUUGACUGCCACAUGGCCAGUUGAGAGCCAACCCACUUUGUUGCCAGGUGCCAAGGUCCUUUCACUGAGGCAUGAAGACUCUAAGAACGGGUCCACUGGUGAAGCCUUCACCAACCCUGAUCCCUCCAAAGGAGCAACUGGCUCUCACAUCCGUGCAUCCGAGGCAGGGAAAAUGAUUGUACAGAAGGGUUUUGACCACUCCUCAGGAGUUUCAUCCGAGGGGGCAUCAGACUCCCACAUCCGUGCAUCCGAGGCGGGGAACACGACUGUACAGAAGGGUUUGGACCAUUCCUUAGGAGUUGCAUCCGAGGGGGCAUCCGAUCUCCAAAUCCGUGCAUCCGAGGCGGGGAACAUUGAUGUACAGAAGGGUUUAACCAAUUCUUUUGGAGUUGUAGCCGAGGGAGCCCCUGACUCCCACAUUCGUGCAUCCGAGGCGGGGAACAUGUUUGUGCAGAAGGGUUCGACUUUUGAGGUUAGGCCUCCUUCCAAGGGAGCUCCUGCUCCUCACAUCGGUGCAUUCGAGGCAGGGUCCAUGACCACUGACGUUGGUGGAAUUGCCGGCAAACAGGCUUCUGAGACAGCGGCCUUUGCCAACAUCCGGACACCCAAAGCCAUUGACCCUAUCGGCACUAACCCAUUUAGAGGUAAUUCGUGCAGAACAGUGGAAGGGCAGCCCAAAGUGGCCACCCCUAUGCCUUGCCAUGCAAUAGACACCACUCCCUCUGCCCCUGCAGCCGCAGGUGACCUGUGUCCUCCUGACACUGCUGUAGAUAGCCGGGAAUUAAUGGAUUCACAUCAUGGUUGCACAAGCGAAGCGCUUACCUCCGGUUGUACAGCUCUGCCAGUGAUCGAUUGUGAAACUCCCCAUGGGGAAUUGGACAAAAACCAGACAACCAGCCACCGGAUGGGACGGAAGGACCCACUCAUGCAUGAUGACAAGAAAGACAAAAGAAACAGCAUUCAACAGCCAGGGACCGGGACCCCAGGACCCGAGAACAUCGACAAACAGCCAAGGCCCAGGACCUCAGAACCUGAGAAGAUUCACAACCAGCCAGCGAGCAGGACGCCAGAACCUGACAAGAUUGAGGCGGAGGAGCCGCGAGAACUCCACCCUCCCAUGUCUGUUCAGGCCAUGCCUGCUGCGGCUUUCGUCCCUGCAGGCCCCUCCCCCCACCCGGAUGAUGAAAGUGUGGACCGUCCAGAGGCCACCAGAAAUUCAACACCUGAUUUGCACCAAGAUGCCCCUGCCAUGCAUCUUUGCACACUCCGAAUCGUUUACCCAGGUUCCAAGUGGCCCAUCAUUGUGAAGGCCCCCAUGGGUAUCACAGCGCACCAGCUGAUUCAAGCCGAAAGAUCGAUGGGCACUAUUGGCCAUUUUGCAAUUGCAUGUAACAACUUGGGACAUGCUCUUCCUCUUUUGGCCCAGAUUGAACCGUUCCAACAAGUGCACUUUCAUGAAAGGGCUCCCAGUAGCCCAUGCCCAAUUGAAUCCAAAGAUGCGAGAGGUUUCCAAUCCCCGACCCAAGAUGUUUAUUCCAGGCUUCAUUUGCUCUUUGAGCAGCACUCUCAUGUUGCGAUGGAUGAGAUGAACUUUUAUCUUCAACAGUUUGCGCCAGUUGCAGGCACCCAUGUUGAGCCGGUCAUUGGAAUCCCACCCAAGACAGGGUAUUGCCAGGCACUCAGAGUAAUCUCAAAUUGGAUUGGAUACAACCUGACCAAUUCAUAUGCAAGACAGCAGCCGAUUGCCACUGCAUGCCUUAUCUGCCAGCAUUGGAUCCCAUUCCUUUUCCGCACCCUUGACGGGAAAACGACCAUCCAAACCACACUUGAUGGAGGGGAAAUCAUUCGUGACAUCCGCAGUGCAGGAUCCGAUGACAUGGAACAUGGUGAUUUGGAGCAAAGCUGGCCAGCAUGGCUCAGUCAGGAGAUCAUGAUCCAAACCAGGGAGAUCGAACACAUCUUUGCAGGAGAUUGCGGUUUCCAGGCAGCGGUGUGGACGUGCAACCACUCCUGCAGUGAGAUUCCUUGUGCAGCCGUCACAGCAACCCAAGCUAGUGCCUGGAGGGACCAAUUCCAGAACCACCUCCUGCAGCAAGGGGGGGCUUGGACCUACAUCAGACCAGGGGAUCUUCUGUUGGGGGGAACCAAGAGUGGGGAUAACCUUGAAGCCCAACUUGCAGAGCUCCUUGGCACACAUGGAGUACCAAAGCCACUUGCUUCUGAGAGGGCCAAUGUAGUCUUGGCAAAGCUGGGACGACAAGGGAUCAUUGCAUCAAUGAGAGCACCCAACCCAUGGCGUGACUUGAAAGCCAAGGCGAAUGCACAGAUCCCCAAGGUUCAAUUGGUCCAUCCAACUGAACUUUCGGAAGCCAUUAAGACCAGAGCUGAAUCCGGUGUGCCCAUUGGGCAUAAAAAGAAGAAAACCUUCAAGGCCACCAAUCCACCGGUACGACUGCGACCGGAAGAUGUAGAGAUCCCCCCGGGAGUGUUCAGACAGGCCGACGGGGAACCCGUUCAACAGCUUUCCAUCCAGCAGAUUGGUCCUGAUGCCAAAGGAGUGAUCGUCACAGACAGCCAGACGGCAGCGCCGUUCUUGCAGAUGAAACAGCCGGUUUCCAAGCAGGGGUUAGCCCUCCUGGUGCUCGAUCAUGCAGCCGACCCAAUUCUGUGCAUUGGGGAAGUCAUGCGCUUUCCAGGACGCUGUGUCACAACAGCAGAACCAAUUAUCACUGCGGCCAGGCUUAUCCAGAUUGGAGCCAUCCCUGUUUCCAGGAAUGAACCAACGCACAAGUUGAAGGUGGAAGAGACUCCCAACCAAGUCCUCCGACUGCUUGCCUUUCGUGACUGUUGGGAAGGAGAAUGGACCCAGUUUACCAAGAACCCGGUUAAAUCCAUUCUUCACCACCUACCCGACCUUCAGAAGCAGGAAGCCAAGGAAAAUCCAAUCCUUGACCUUUGGGACCGACAGUUUGUCAAUCUCAAGUUGGAAAAAGCCUCGCCGACUUAUGCUCAACUCUUUAUUGUCACAAUUAGAGUUGCCCUGACUGACAUCAGACCCAUGCUUAAUCUCAGCGGCCGCAACGGGAUCUUCCUUGAGCCUCGCACUGAUGAUGGCCGAAAGCCAGACCCGGCUUACCGAGUCAUUUGGCUACCUAACAAGGACAAAGAAAGCCUCCAGGCACAUGUCCAGACUGCCACAGCAUGGAGCUGCCUUGCCAGAACAGGGACCCGAUUUGGGCUACGCACCACUGAAGAUCAUGCAGAGACACUUCACAACCAAUUCAAGCCGAACACACCCUGGAUUGAGUCCACAGCCUUGAUGAGCUAUACGGUUGGUCCUUUCCCACCAGGCUCCACCAGAGCAGCCAUCCUGAAGAUCUGCCGAGCAUGGGAUUGGAAUGCUAAGCCAGUACAACCAAAGGCCAGGUCGGCUGAUGGCAAGGGAGUACUCUGGCAACUGUUGGCAGCCACUGCCCCUGACAGUGAAGUUUACCAACUUGAUCAUGGUGACGUGUUGGUGACGUUGGACCCACCCAAGAAGCAGCAGGGCCCGCCCCAACCGAAAGAUUUGCAAGCCAGUGCCAAGACCCUAGCGGCCCUCUCCACCAAAGCCACUGUGAGCAAUCCUGACGAAGAUCCAUGGGCCCACUAUGACCCUUGGACAACACCGCCAAAAGCAGCCAAAACCAAUGCUAGACCUUCGGCCACCAAGAUGGACUUGGAAGCAUUGGAACAGCGCCUUGACCAAAAGCUCCUGAGUCACCAGACCAGAACAGAUGGUGACACAACAAUGACAGUGGAGGAUGAGAGGAUCAACCACCUCGAACUGCGCAUGCAAAGAUUGGAGAACAAUGUCCAGCAGCAUCACCAAGCUUAUUUGACCCAGCACAAUGAGGUUCAACAUCAACUGCAGCAGGUCCAAACACAAGUGGCAGAACAGGGGGCCACCUUCAACCACCUGUUGGACCAAAGAUUCACUCAGCAGCUUACUGAGAUCGAGAGAAUCAUGGCCAAGCGGCCGAAGACCAAUGAAUGCCAAUGGAUCCGAGGAGCCAUCACCUAUGGCUACGCCAAGGACAGCCACACACCAAAAGUCAUUGAAAGCACUUGUGACCUCUUGCAAGCCGUCACGAAGAGAAUCACAUUGCAGAGUCAUGGCCCCAGAUUCUUGCUGGGCGAUUUCAACCUGGAAGAACACCAAAUUGACCUUGCUGAACUUUGGAAUGACUAUGGCUUUGUCGAAGCACAAACAUUUGCUCACCACAUGUGGGGACAGAUUCCCACCAACACUUGCCAUCACAAAACACGGAAGGAUCACCUCUGGCUCUCCAGAGAAAUUUUGCCUUUUGUCCGCAAGGUUGUGGUGGAUGACACCUGGUUCAGUGACCACGCGUUGGUGUAUGCGGAAAUUGCACCCAUGGGCCCAAUGGAGCCUAUCCCAGUUUGGCGAAAACCCUUGGAUCUUCCAUGGGACAAAGUAGAAACUAACUUCCAGCCGGAAGCAUUGGCCCUUGACCCAUCCAAGCCAGAGACUUUCCUGGGAGAAUUUUGGCAACAGACAGAAAGGCAGAUUGAUGCACACCUCCGACAGGGAGGCCAGCAGGGGCUUACCCAGGCCCAUUUGGGCCGGGCAGCCACACAUGAAGUGGCGUGGAAGAAACAAGAGAUCCCCCCACUGAAGCGACCCAGGAAAUCCGAUUUUCAGGAACAAUUCAUAGGGGAGCACUGGCAGCACUACCACUGGACACGCCAACUCCGGAGAUUGCAGAGCUAUUGCCAAUUAGUUUUCCCGAAGCCAGGUAAGACCAUCAAUUUUGACCGACAGAUGGCCCUAUGGAGAUCAAUCCUGUGCUCCCAAGGCUUCACCAGAGGCUUCAGAAAAUUCUGGCCUGACAGACCAGUCAAAAUGGCAGGGGCCCCUGCAGCAAUUCCCCGUUGGCCGCCCAGCCACCAUGAUGCUUCUUUGAUUUUUGAAGGGUUCAAAACAGUUUUCAUGGAUUUUGAGGCCGCUCUCAUCAAAAGUCGCCGGGCAUCCGCCAAACUUGCCCGACUGAAAGAUCCUCACAAGAUCUACCAAGACACUGCCAAACCCCAGGCAAUGCCAGUUCACACGCUGCUGACAACGAAAGCAACUGAAGUCAUGGAAACCACAGAAGAAGGCAGAGCUUACUACACUCCAGGGGAAUUGGAUCCCAAUGAACCUGUCCAAGGGCCGAACGGCCCCCUCACCAUUGCCCACCACAGCCUGGGGCAAAUGCUGCUUGACCCAGUAGGGUUGAUUACGGCCAUCGAGAAACAUGCAGAAGCGACAACACCAUCGGAUUAUAGGCCGAUCUGUGUCCUCCCCAUGGCCUAUCGGAAUUGGGCCUCGAUUAGAACAAAACAGAUUCUUGCUUGGCUCAGCAAAUUUGCCCCGCCGGGGUUAAUCGGCAACAGAUCCCAUAAAGAAUGUGCCUACAUCUGGUGGUCGAUUGCAGCAGCAGUGGAACAGACCUGGUAUGAUGGGGACCAACUUUGUGGAGGGCUUUGUGACAUUGUCAAAUGCUACAACUGUCUCCCCAGAAUACCCAUUUUUGCCAUAGCCAAACACAUGCGGCUGCCGCCCACACUUCUGCAUGCCUGGUUCAGAGCAAUAACAGGCCUUGAGAGACGUUUUGUGAUCACCGGCGGUACCGGGCCAGCCAUGAGAUCCACCACAGGAUUCCCGGAGGGGGAUCCACUGAGCGUCUGCUCGAUGUUCUUAACCAAUUUGGCCCUGUUCGAAUGGGUUGGCCGAGCUGAACCAUCUGCCAGUUUGUGGACAUUCGUUGAUAAUUUAGAGACCACGAGCCACACGCCUGAAGCAGCUGCCAGCAGCUUAGAUGCCAUUGAGGCUUUUUGCAAUGCAUUGGAUGUACAGCUUGACACGGCGAAAACGGCAUUCUGGGCCACCAACUCAUCAGCCAGAGAACACCUCCGUCAGUCUGGUAGGAGGGUAGUCUUAGACACCAAAGACUUAGGUGCCCAAAUGACCUUUUGCAGACGUCAUACAAACAAAGUUGUUCGCAGCCGCGCGUAUGCACAGCCUGAGUUUUGGGCCAGACUUGCCAGGAGCUGCGCCCCCCAGCACCAGAAAGAGAUUUGCCUCCGAGUCUCAGCAUGGCCAAGAGCUCUCCAUGGUAUCAGCACGGUUAUUUUUGGCCAAGAACACAUCAGCAAAUUGAGGACCAAAGCGUUGCGGAGUUUUGGAUGGAAAAACAAAGGGAUGCACCCAAUGUUGCAACUUUCUUGCUUGUGCGAUAUCCGUAGUGAUCCAGGUUACUGGUGUUUGUGGCAAUCCAUUGUGGCCUUUCGUAGAUUUGCCGACAUUGUUUCUUCAUCGGAAACUCUGGAUUUUCUCAUCCUACACCCGGAGAAACGCAUUGAUCCAGGCCCCUGUGGGGUGCUAUUGCAAAGACUCCACGCCAUAGCCUGGGCGUGGGAAGGUCAGGGUUGGGUAAGAGACCACCAGGGUUUCCUGAUCCACCUUUGCGACUCUCCCCUCAACCUUUUGAAGCAACGGUUGCAGCACGGGUGGCAAAGCCUGGCCUGUGCUACGGCAGCAGAGAGGAAAUCCAUGUCUGGACUAGCCAAUGCUGAUGUUCUUUUUACGCUGGAAAAUUUUGCUCAGAAAGAUUCACAAAUGCAAGGGUUCAUUCGUUAUGCUUUAAAUGGAAGCUUUUACACCCGCGACAAACUGAUUCACAGUGGAGUCGUAGACACAACUACAUGUCCAUGGUGUGAUGCAGAAGACUCGGUGAGACACCGACACUGGGAGUGUUCUCACAAUGCUGACCUCAUCGCACAGAUCCCACACGAAGUCAGAGCCGAGAUUCACAACCUCCCACCUUGCACCAUGAAUCAUGGAUGGAUCUGUGAACCGGAAGAACUUGUGCAGUUUCGUAGAUCACUCAUGACACUGCCUGACCGCACCAGGAUUUUCUUCCCUGUUUCCUGUGAAUUCCCAGUUGCCCAUUUGUUCACAGAUGGUAGUGGAUGGUUUCCUAAACACCGUCAACUGAGGGUCGUCACAUGGGCAGUUGUCCUUGCCAGUUUGCCUGAUGAAGGUUUUGUGACGGUGGCUCAAGGUAUGGUCCAGGGUAUCUUGCAAACUGUUUUGAGAGCCGAAAUCACUGCGGCUAUCUCUGCACUCGAAUGGAUUUUGCAUGAAGGAAAACCUUCCAUCAUUUGGGUUGAUAAUUUGCAAGUCCAGAGGAACCUUGAGAAUUUUCGUUUAGGCCUGGUUGACUUAGGCAACAUGGACAAUGACCAUGACCUGUGGCUCAAAGCAGCCGCGCUUUGCCAAGAAGCGGUAGAGGCCCAGUUGCUCAUUAAAGUCGUCAAAGUUCACUCACACGAAGAUGGCUCACAGUAUGCAGACCCCAUUGAAAGAUGGGCAAUUGCUGGGAACGAUGCGGCCGACAAGGCAGCACAGGAAGCCCGCAGCUUGUUUCACCCAAGUUUUUGGCAGCUUUGGGAUAAGCUGCACAAAGCUUACAUUUCCAAGAAAGUUUUUCGAGACGCCAUUCACUGGUUGUUCACAGCAGUAGGUCAAAGGGCCCAACAGCUCAAAACGUUGUCAGUACCAGAAGCCGGACCGAAUGAAGCGCCACAGUCCCACAAGGAGGAGGAUGCAGCAUUGUGCAUUUUUGACCCGAUCCCUUGCUGGACCGACCGUGCGCAGCAUGUUAUUUUGGGAGGAUGUGGGGAACUUGUUUUGAAUUGGCUGCGCACAGUUGCAGUUGACAAUAGUGCCACACCUCAGUGGCUUUCGUCCUACCAGAUGCUGGCCCACCUCCAAUUGCAAACCGGCAGGUGGGGCCCCAUUUGUAUCAAGAAGGAAUGGAUGCCCGGUGAAGAUGGCCCUAUCAAUCACCAACAAUUCAACUUUUGCCAGCGUUCCACAUGGAUGAGUCACUACAUCCGCCGGCUGGGGACUGCAUUUGGCUUGGAUCUCAAGCCUACGAGGCGACGUCCCGCAGGAUCAAUGUUUCCUUUCUGGACCAGGUGCUACAAGAUUAAGAUCUCUAGCGCUGCCGUUGCUGGUUUGGACCGCGUUUUCAUGGAGAAAGUUGGUCGACCUAUUACGAAAGUGGGCACAGAUUUGGCAGGGGACGGCGAGAUGUCGCUGGAGACGAGCCGCUGCGGCUCCAGCGACAGCGCGGACUACCACGACGCGCUCGACGCGACGCCCGCGGCGCCCGCGGCGCCCGCGGGCGAUGGACGUGGCUUCGGUGGCCUCGGCGCGCGGCUGGGGCAAUUGGUUUCGCGAUGA